AUGUCGGGUCCUAGUGCGAAUGAUGAGCAAGAAUUAAGUCUUGACAUGCGCCUUAUGAUGAGAGCCAUGAAGGUACAAUUUGCUAAAAUGGCCAAUGCGAUUGAGGGGUUGAAUGGUCAAAAUGAGAGGGAAAAUGAGAGGGUGAAUGUGAGAGUUAAUGAGAGAAGAGAUGAAGGCAAUACAAGUGAGGGAGAUAGGGGAGAAGAAUAUGAUAGGAGAAGAAAGAGAGGUAAUAGCGAAUAUAGGAGGGAUAGAGAUGAGGAAGAUGAUGACAUUAGGAACAUUAAAGCACCUAUUCCUAACUUUACGGGUAAGAGAGAUCUUGAUGUUAAUUUAGAAUGGGAGAGGAAGGUAGACAGAAUUUUUGAUUGCCAUAACUACUCUGAAAGAAAAAAACUUAAGAUGGUAAUACUAGAAUUUAGUGAUUUUGUUAGUCUUUGGUGGGAUAAAGAGGUGUUGGAUAGGAGGAGCGAGGAUAGAGAGGUAAGGAGUUGGAGAGAAAUGAAGGUGUUGAUGAGAAAGAAAUGGGUCCCUGCUUCAUACCAACGUGAAUUACAUCAACAGUUACAAGAACUUGUACAAGGUAGAAUGCCUGUAGCUGAGUAUGACCAUGAGGAACAAAAACUCUUGACAAAGCUUGGAAUUACAGAAUAUCCUGAAACUACUAUUUCUAGGUUUAUCAAGGGGUUGAAUUGGGACAUCCAAGAUGAAAUUGAAAUGUGUGACUACUUGGAUUAUGAAGAUGUGGUUCAAAAGGCCAUCCAAGUAGAAACGAAACUUAAGAAAAAAACUAAGAUCUCAAAAUUGGAGGUCAAGCAAAGAAGGGAAUUUGAGACUAAUCCAGAAUCUGAGGAGGAAUCUAGAGCUCCUAGUGGAAGUGAAGAUGAAAUUCUAAGCCCCGUUGAAGGAGAUAUGUUGAUGGUGAGAAGAUUGUUGAACUUGCAAGCUAAAGCUAGUAUUGAACUAGUUACAAAGCUAAGAUUGAUUACUAUUGAGCACCCUAUGCCAUACUCUCUACAAUGGCUAAACAAAAAUGGAGAAAUCAAGGUUGACAAACAGGUGUUAGUUCCGCUCUCCAUUGGAAGGUUUUUGAAGAUGUAUUUCCAAAAAGAGAUUUCAAGUGGCUUACCUCCUAUGAGAGGAAUAGAGCACCAAAUAGACUUAAUACCUGGAGCUCCUAUUCCAAAUAGACCUGCUUACAGAUGCAACCCCGAAGAAACUAAAGAAAUUCAAAUACAAGUGGAUGAGUUGAUGAAAAAAGGACAAAUAAGGGAGAGCUUAAGUCCUAGUGCUGUACCAAUAUUGCUAGUGCCCAAAAAGGAUAGUGCCAAUGGAAUUGAAGCAGAUAGUGCCAAAGUCCAAACUAUUAGUGAAUGGCCAACGCCAAUGACAGUUAGUGAGGUGCGUAGCUUUCAUGGCUUAGCAAGUUUUUAUCGCCGAUUUGUGAAAGAUUUUGGCACCGUUGUUGCACCACUAACCGAGGUGAUUAAGAAAAAUGUUGGUUUUCAAUGGGGUGAAAAUCAAGAGCUUGCUUUUAAAAUACUGAAAGAAAAAUUAAGCUCUGCACCCGUUCUUGCCUUGCCUAAUUUUGAGGCAACGUUUGAAUUGGAUUGUGAUGCUUCGGGAGUUGGAAUUGGAGCUGUCCUAAUGCAAGGUGGCAAGCCGAUUGCAUAUUUCAGUGAAAAACUGAACGGGGCCGCUCUUAAUUACCCAACAUAUGACAAAGAGUUCUUUGCUCUUUUUAGAGCUUUGGAACACUGA